AUGACUGAGUUGAGCGAGGAGCCCCGCUUUACUAUUGAACAGAUAGAUUUGCUGCAGCGCUUGCGUCGCUCGGGGAUGACCAAGCAGGAGAUACUUCACGCGCUGGACACUCUGGACCGGCUGGACCGGGAACACGGGGACAAGUUUGGCCGCCGGACCUCAUCCUCCUCUUCCUCCUCCUCCUUAUAUGGUGUUGUGGGUGGGGCCAACUGCACCAGUAUCUCUGCCUCCAACAGCGCCACAGCGUUCAACAACACUGCCUCGUCUGCCUCAUCUGCGUGUAACGGCACCAGCACCAGUGAAGCUACUGCCGCUGACCUCUCGACCUCCGCCAAAAUCUCCUCCUCCACGCAAACACAGUACGCAAACAGUGGGGCGCAUUCUCCGUCUCCCAGCAACAGCUAUGACACAUCCCCUCCUCCAGGCCCGCCGCCACCGUCAGCCAUCUUGCCUUCGCCCGUGUCACUGGUGGCACUGGCACAGAAUGGGCGGGACAGUCUCGCCGCCACACCCAAUGGUAAACUGUCUCCGCCUCGAUACCCGGUGAACAGUGCAGCUGCAGCCCGCGCCUUUGGGUUUGAGCCAACGGAGGAGGACCUGGACAUCGAUGACAAGGUGGAAGAGCUUGUAAGGAGGGAGAGCAGUCUGGUGAAGGAAGAGAUCAAGGCCUUUUUGGGAAGCAGGAGAAUCUCUCAGGCCGUUGUGGCACAGGUCACAGGCAUCAGUCAGAGCCGGAUUUCUCACUGGCUGUUGCAGCACGGCUCUGACAUGAGUGAGCAGAAGAAGCGGGCCUUCUAUCGCUGGUACAUCCUUGAGAAAACCACACCAGGAGCCACCCUGAACAUGCGUCCUGCUCUGGCCCUGGAGGACAUGGAGUGGAGACAGACCCCGCCCCCCCUCUCCAUGGGCCCUGGAACCUUCCGUAUGCGCAGAGGGAGCCGCUUCACCUGGAGGAAAGAGUGUCUGGCCGUCAUGGAGAGCUACUUCAAUGACAACCAGUAUCCAGACGAGGCCAAGAGGGAGGAGAUCGCAAACGCCUGCAACGCGGUCAUCCAGAAACCAGGGAAGAAGUUGUCUGAUCUGGAGAGGGUCACUUCCUUAAAGGUUUACAACUGGUUUGCCAACCGCCGCAAAGAGAUCAAGAGGCGUGCCAACAUUGAAGCCACAAUCCUGGAGAGUCAUGGGAUCGAUGUCCAGAGUCCAGGUGGCCACUCCAACUGUGACGACAUCGACGGGAACGACUUCUCCGAACACGCCUGUGACCUGCCAUACUUCGACAAGAAACCUUUGGGGCGACCGUUUGGUAUUUACCGACUGGAGCCCACUUCUCCAACACAGGAAGAGAACGCGGCGCACACAGAGCACCAGGACCCCAUCUCUCUGGCUGUGGAGAUGGCUGCAGUGAACCACACGAUCCUGGCCCUGUCCCGAACCGGAGUGCCCGGCGAGAUCAAGACUGAAGCGCUGGAUGACGAAUGA